AGGAAGGAAUGAGGCGCAUCGAGCUGCGAAUAGAAAGGCGAGAGACGGGGUGAAAGAAAGAGGGAGAGAGGUACCUGAACACAUGAUCAUUCCCUAACGUCUGUCCAACUCCUGCCUUAGCCUACUUAUACUUCAAUAGACUGUAAAACCGCGAGAGGCAGAAAAAGGACGAAAAAUAAAACAUAGGCUAUCCUUCGAUCGCUACAAAAAUCGACAUGUCAGAAAUUGUGCCCCCUGAAGUGAGACCCAAACCUGCCGUCCCAGCUAAGCCAUCUCAUGUGGCCCCGCCUUCUAGCGUUCCCUUUGUGCCUUCACCCCAAGGAACGGGGGGUGAAGGUCAAGGGUCAGGUCGAGGAUCUGCAUUGCUUGGAUACAUCGGAAUAGACACCAUCAUCGAGCAGAUGCGGAAGAAGACCAUGAAGACAGGCUUUGACUUCAACAUCAUGGUGGUUGGUCAGAGUGGUCUUGGGAAGUCUACUUUAGUGAAUACUCUCUUUAAGUCACAGGUGAGCAGGAGGAGCACAAGCUGGAGUCGUGAUGAGAAGAUCCCAAAGACUGUUGAGAUUAAAUCUGUAUCUCAUGUGAUUGAGGAAGGAGGGGUGAAGAUGAAGUUAACAGUCAUUGACACACCAGGUUUUGGGGACCAAAUCAACAAUGAAAAUUGUUGGGAGCCCAUAUCCAAAUACAUCAAUGAACAAUACGAGAAAUUUUUGAAGGAAGAAGUCAACAUUGCUCGCAAGAAACGCAUCCCUGAUACCAGAGUACACUGCUGCUUGUACUUCAUAUCUCCAACUGGACACUCGCUUCGCCAGUUGGAUAUUGAAUUCAUGAAACAUCUGAGUCGUGUGGUCAACAUCAUUCCUGUCAUUGCCAAGUCGGACACACUCACUCUUGAUGAGAAAACUGAAUUUAAACAGAAGGUGAGGAAGGAGCUGGAAGCGUGUGGGAUUGAGUGUUAUCCACAGAAGGAGUUUGAUGAAGACAUGGAGGAUAAGAGUGAUAAUGAUAAGAUCAGGGAGGCAAUGCCCUUUGCCGUGGUAGGAAGUGAUAAAGAGUACCAGGCCAAUGCCAAACGAAUUUUGGGCAGGAAGACACCCUGGGGAGUGGUGGAGGUUGAAAACCCAAAUCACUGCGAAUUCUCCUUACUUCGUGAUUUCAUGAUUAGGUCUCACCUCCAGGACCUGAAGGAGGUCACUCAUAACAUCCAUUACGAGACGUACCGUGCCAAGAGGCUCAACGAUAAUGGAGGUCUACAUCCCAUCUCCUCCUCUGGCCAAGACACACAAGAAAGCAACCUGUGAGGAAACAAAUGAGCGGCAUAGUAAGGAUGCGAGAGAAAACCAAGAUUCAUCUUGUAAUAAUUCAGCUGUGCGUGCUCAGAAGAUUUCAUCGCUGUGGAGGUUUUGUCUUUAUUCUCCUUUUAGUCAUCAUCUCUUGUUGCACAACAUUUGAAAAUAAGAAAAAGCCUUCCCCAGUUGCUCACUCUGCUGACUUUAGUGAGCGAGUUUGCUCGUGAUAAUCAUGUUCAGGUCUAACAUGAUGGUAAAUAGCCUUGUGCUAUAGCAUUUGUAAUUGGAAAUUGCCCAGUGUUGGCAUAUCACUUGCUCUGUCCUCUACUACUGGAACCUAUACUGCCACUGCAGUCUGCAGCUCAAUGGGCCUUAUUUAUUAAAACAUUUAGCACACUUUUAGUACCUAUGCCAAUUAAACAUACUCAAGUUAUGUGUAAGCCUACUAAAUUUUAACACGCAAGUGUUUUAAUAAGUAUCUCAUUUUCUUUGGCCCUGUAAGAGUACAGCAGUGUUUCUUUAAGUACAUUAGAUUCUCUAGUACUAACUUUUUACCAUUGCUGUGUAUCUCUGCCAAAACAAGUCUCAGAGGACUUUGAAGUGACCACUGAAGCAUAUUCCUACAGAUCAUUCCAAGCAGGUACAGCAGUUUAAAUGCAUGCCAGGAUUUACAGUGGCUAAUGUGUUUAAAUAAACUUCAGGAGGAAACUGAAAGAGCACUGAUUAAAAAUGAUCAGUGCCUUUAACAAAUCAAGAGUUGUGGUUUUGAGGUUUUUCUUGAAGCACAUUUUGUAUGGACACCCCAUGUUUGUGUGAAUGAGUAUGAAAAUUACAAAGCUUUCUCAAAGUUUUGCAGAUGGUAAUAGUGAUUUCUGUCUUCAAAUGUGAUGGAAUUUUUAUUUUCAUCCCAUGUGUGCCAAUAUUUCCAAUUGUGUGUAUAUGUGUAAUUACUUCUACAUUCCAUCUCACAAUAUCACUUCAUGGAACAUUAUAUAUGUAGGAAGUCUACACAUACUGAUCCUAAAUCAGUUCAUCUUUUUCAUAUCACAUUUAAUUAAUGCUGGUGUGGAAUAAUAAAACACCUUUGAACAAUAAUUAUGAAAUAUUAUUUAUAUUGUAUUUAUGUUUUAUUU